UGGGGAGACAACAGGUCGCGCGCGCAGGUGACCGGAAAUCCAAACACUCACGUGGUGACGUUCCGAUGGGCUCGAGCAGGGCUCUGGGCUAGCAAUUAAGCCGCAUUUCCGGUUUGUCUCGCGUCGGUUUUGAGUUGUAAACAGGGCUGUUUUUAUCAUGCCGGCUCUAACGGAGGAGCGGGCGCGCGUGCUGGCGGUGGUGCGCGCGCUAAAAGCGGUUGGUGUGCGCGUGAGGAACUGGAAGAGCUUCCUGCACUCAGAGAAAACACCUGAGCAUGAGACUCCGCAGCAGCAGCUGUUUGCCUUUGGUCGUGAUGUGCAGCUUCUCCCUCAGUGUCAGGUGGCUGAAGCGGACGGCUCUGUGCCGCUGUUCUUGGUGGAGGCCUGUGAGUAUUUAUCUCAACACAUCCACACUGAGGGGAUCUUCAGGAAGACCGGUUCUCUCUGUCGCAUCCGAGCUCUGAGGUCGGAUCUGGAGAAGGGCAAGCGGAUCUUCCUGCCUCCUCAUGAUGCUUUGCUGCAGCCAUGUGACGUGGCGUCGGUGUUGAAACAGUUCCUGCGUGAGCUUCCUGAGCCGCUGAUCGCAGGUGAGCUGCAGGUGGCGCUAUGCCACGCCCAGACUCUGGAGACGGGUGCGAGUGAGAGAGCUACGCUGCUGCUCACGUCUCUGCUCCCUCCGGUACACAUUCACACCCUGCGCUACUUCUGCAGCUUCCUCAGGCGUGUUGCACACAGGUGUGAUGAAAACAGGAUGGAGGUGAGCAAUUUAGCGCUCGUCAUGGCUCCUAACCUGCUGCCGUGUUCACCUCAGUCGUGUCGCCUCACCGUCCUCACAGAGAAACAACUGGAGCAGCAGGCUGCAGCCAUCAGGAUCCUCAUCGUACACGCUGAGCGCAUCGGAGUCGUGCCCUCGUUUGUACUGGAUACACUGGGAGCAGCAGAGGCGAGUGAUUCCACUCCACCACUAGAGGGAGCUUUACUGAACAAGAGAGCAAGACUUGGAGUGUACAGCAGCCUGUGCAGACAGAGGAGGAGAAGUGUCGGAGAGAUGUUUGUGGAUGCUUUUUCUAAACUGAAGCCCAGCCGGACGCACACCGUCCCCCCUCUGUCCUUAGACGCCUCAUCAGGACCUUCGCUCAGUCCCACGCCACAGUCUCCAACCACAGUGAAGCGCAAAGUCUCCGAGGACGACGCGCCUGAAGCGAUCGGAUCAGCACGAAAGAGGCGUUCGCUGCACGACCUCCGCGCUGACGUGCAGUCCAUCAGCAGCCAGUCGACAGACGAUUUGACAGAAGGUCCGAGUCCUGAGAAGGUGAAGAGCAGCGACGAGUCACAGCGCAGUGUGUCGGAGACGACGGGUAAAAUACGAGCGCAGAGGAAGUCGCUUCGCGCUCCAAAGCAGGAGGAUCGGGCACGUCGCAGGAGGAGAUCUCUCCGCUUCUUCUCCGUAUCGAGCAACAGCGAGAGUCCUCAGGUUCUCAGUGUGACGCCCUGCAGUGAUUCUGAGACCUGUUUGAGAUCCUGCAAAAAACUCCACAUCAAUAAGAAGGCUCUGUUCAGCUCAGACAGCGACUCGUCACUGAAAAUACCCUUAAUCCUGAUCGAGGAACCGGGACGAGUCGUAAUCGGCAGUGAAGUGGACGACGAUCCUGAGCUUCUCAACUGCAGCUUUAUAGAGAAUCCUGACUAUGUGUCCGGUUCUGAGUCUGAGGAAUCGUUACGAGGACGUCAGCAGCAGGAGAGCGAGCAGGUGCAGGAUGAUGACCACUGGGUUUUGCUUGACGACGGAAAUCCAGAUGUGAUCGUGGAAUAUAAGAUGAAUCACAGCCAGAGAGAGGAUGUGGAAAGUCUAAAGACAGAAGGUGGAGUUAAGGUGGAGGAACAGGAAACUGUGACACAUAACAAACCCAGAAAGAAGAAGAACAUCUCUCAGAAACGUUCUGGACCACGUCGCUCCAUCAGCAUGCCCGAGGUGGCUUUAGAUUCACCUUCAGAUAAAGUAGAUGAAGUUCAGCAGGAAGCUGGACCCACGUUUUAUGAUGAGAUGUGGUCCACAUCUGUCAGUCUGCCUCUCAAGAGGUCUGGAGGAAAAGGAAAGGAAGGGCGAGAGCUGAGGAGGAGGAGAUACGGCACCUUUCACGAGCAGCAGAAGAAGGAGAAGGGCCCUGAUUCGGAUCUGAAGAAGGCGAAUUUUCGGCUGUCGAUGGCUGAGAGGUUCCGGAGCUUUAGCGCUCUGGCUUCGUUUCUCCGAACGCCGACUGUUCGUCUACGCAGACAGGGAGCGAGGAGGUUCAGCCGCUCCUUCAGUGAUGAAGCUGUUCAGGAGGAUCAGCAGGCCUUCCUGGAGCUAAACGAUGAACUGACAGACUCCGAGGAACCCAAUGAGGAGCUGCGUCCAGAGCAUUUACCAAGUCCUUCUACUCCUUCAUCUCCUUCAGAAGAUCAGACUUUGAUCGGAUCAUCACAGAAAUCAGAAAAUGAUGAGAAUCAGCAGAUUAAUGAGUGUGUGAUGCUUCAGAUGCUGAAAGUGGAAAAAUUCAACCUGGACCAGAUGUUUGAGCAGCAGUGUCACAUCUCAGAAGAGUAUAUGAGACACUCUGACUCCUACUGGGACGUCCAGCUUGAUGGCUCCACGCCGUCGAGUCAGCGGAGAGCGUUGUUCACUUCCCCUGAAGACUCCAGUGCUUUCACAGCUUCUGAAACCGAGCCGCAGCGUGAGGCGUCUCCGUGUAACACCUUCGACUGCCUGUCGUUUGAUGGCGUGUUCUCCAUCAGCAGUGUGAGUGAGAAGUGUUCGAUGUCCCUUGACCUCUCGCCACCAACCUUCCAGUUCAGGCCUCCGGCCUCCAGGAGGCACUACAGAGACUCUCCACGCUGGCCUUCUCACCAAGUGCGCAUGAGCACGUUUAAACCGUUACCUUUCUGACAUUGUUCUCUCUCUCUCUGUCUCUCUCUCUCUCUCUGUGUCUCUCUGUGUGUCUCUCCCCCCCCUCUCUCUCUGUCUCUCUCUCUCUCUCUCUCUCUCUCUCUGUCUCUCUCUCUCUCUCUCUCUCUCUUUCUCUCUCUCUCUCUCUCUGUGUCUCUCUCUCUGUGUCUGUGUGUCUCUCUCUCUCUCUCUCUCUCUCUCUCUCU